GACCCUCCGUACAGUAAAAUGACGUCCCUCCCAGAGUCCCAUGACCGGCCAUACAGUAAGACGUCACAUGACCCUCCGUACAGUAAUAUGACGUCACAUGACCCUCCGUACAGUAAGAUGACGUCUCUCCAAGAGUCACAUGACCCUCCGUACAGUAAGAUGACGUCUCUCCCAGAGUCACAUGACCGCCGUACAGUAGGUCCAACAUGGCAGACGGAGAGCGGGUCCUCCGCGGUAACUAAAGCAACACUUCAAACCCGCCGACACACACAUUAGAACAACACAAGACCGCAGCGAUGAGGGAAAGGCUGAAGAAAAAGAAGGGCAGGACGUGGGCGGAAGCCGCUAAAACGGUUCUGGAGAAGUAUCCCAACACACCAAUGAGCCAUAAAGAGAUCUUGCAGGUGAUCCAAAGAGAGAGGCUUAAAGAAAUAAGUGGAACUUCGCCGCUGGCAUGUCUGAACGCCAUGCUCCAUACCAACUCCCGGGGAGACGAGGGCAUCUUCUACAAAGUUCCUGGCAGAAUGGGCGUCUACACACUUAAGAAGGAAGGCUCGGACGGGGUCAAGAAGCUGUCGGGGGAGGUGCACGAGGAGGACGAGGAGGAGGAGGAGGAGGACGGGUCUGAGGAGAGCAGUGAGGACCUCUCGGACUCGCCCAGCAGUGAGAACAGCAGCAAGGUGCUGAGCCAGGAGUGCGACGGCGGCAGGUGGCGACGCAGAGUUCCUACCAAGCUGGAGCCGCUGCCGCCCUCCUCCCCCCAGCCCCGCUGCUCCUCCCCUCUGGUCCCCGCCGCCAAACUCAUCUCCCCCUCGCAGAAACACGGCAAGAAGGCUCUGAAGCAGGCCCUGAAGCAGCAGAGGAGCCAGCGGCGCCAGGGGGGCGUGGCCUCCAGCCAGCGGCGCCAGGGGGGCGUGGCCUCUGGCCAGCGACUCAUCCUGAAGACGGUCAAAGACACGGCCGACAACAUCUCCCCCCAGACCGACCUGUGUCUCGGCCCAGGACCCAGGACCAUGGCGCAGAGAGGCAGCCGGCUGAGCCCACGGCAACUCAAGCGCACCAAGUGUGAAAUAGAUGUGGAGACGCCCGACUCCAUUCUGGUGAACACCAACCUGAGGGCCAUCAUCAACAAGCACACCCUGUCCGUGCUACCCCCCUCCUGCCAGCAGAGGCUGCUCAAGCUGCUGCCUACGGUCGACCAGCAGGCGUGUCUGGACGGCCUCCUGAAGGUCACCGGCUCGGCACUCAACAACGAGUUCUUCGCCUCGGCGGCCCAGUCCUGGAAGGAGCGUCUGUCUGAAGGUGAGUUCACUCCCGAGCUGCAGCUCCGGAUGAGGCAGGAGAUUGAGAAGGAGAAGAAGGUGGAGCGUUGGAAGGAGGCCUUCUUUGAGAACUACUAUGGAGAGAACUCCGGGCUGAGCUACGAGGAGGCGCAGAGGGAGCUGAUGGAGUCUGAUCAGGACCGGCCGCCCUGCCCUCCUCUUCCUCCUCCUCCUCUUCCUCCUCCUCCUCUUCCUCCUCAUCACCAGCGCUCCUCUGAAGGACCUGUGGCCGAAGCAGCUGAGCCCCGGGACCCCGAGGACAGAGCAGGGGGGGCCCGGGGCCCCGAGGACAGCAGUCCCUGUCCUGUCCCAACCAGACCCCCAGACCAGUCCCCCAGACCCCCGCUGGCCAGCAGACCGCCGCCCGUCAUGUCGCCCAUGCGGACGCGGCGGGCGCGUCACGCGGAGGACCGCCGCCUCAGCCGCUUGGCCCCUCCCUCGGCCCCGCCCGCGUCGCCGGGGGAGACGGCCGUACUGCCGGGUCCGAGGCCGGCAGAGGACGGUCUGAAGCCUCUUGUGGCGGAGCGGGCCCCGGGGGAGGGGCCAGAGGAGAGAGCGGCCGCCCCCGAGCCCCCCGACAAGAGCAGCCCCCGACCCCCCAGGGCCCCCCCAGAGGCGGCGGGGCACCCCGGUCAGCCCGCAGGGCCCCUCCGUACCAAUCCCCCUGGGGCCCCAGAACCGGGGAAAAGGAAGUCCCCCAGUGAGCCAGAGGGGGAGAAGACCCCCGAGAAAAGACCCCGAACCUCCUCGCCCGCUCCAGCAGGCCCCGCCCCCUCUCCAGCAGGCCCCGCCCCCUCUCCAGCAGGCCCCGCCCCCUCUCCAGCAGGCCCCGCCCCCUCUCCAGCAGGCUCCUCCCCCUCUCCAGUAGCCUGCUCCACCUCUCCAGCAGGCCCCGCCCCCUCUCCAGCAGGCUCCUCCCCAGCAGGCCACGCCCCCUCUCCAGCAGGCCCCACCCCCUCUCCAGCAGGCCCCUCCCCCUCUCCCGCAGGCUCCUCCCCAACAGGCCCCGUCCCCUCUCCAGCAGGCCCCUCCCCCUCUCCCGCAGGCUCCUCCCCAACAGGCCCCGUCCCCUCUCCAGCAGGCCCCUCCCCCUCUACAGAAGGCCCCUCCUCCUCUCCAGCAGGCCACACCCCCUCUCCAGCAGGCCCCUCCCCCUCUCCAGCAGGCCCCACCCCCUCUCCAGCAGGCCCCUCCCCCUCUACAGAAGGCCCCUCCUCCUCUCCAGCAGGCCACACCCCCUCUCCAGCAGGCCCCACCCCCUCUCCAGCAGGCUCCUCCCCCUCUCCGAGGGCGUCGUCCACGGCGAGCCCCUCCAGGCCGUCUUCGAUGGCGCACCAGAAGGUUCCGCCGCUCAAGAUUCCCGUGUCCCGGAUCCUGCCUGUGCCCGUCUCCCCCGUCUCCCCCGUCUCCCCCGGCCCGGGGUCCCCCCGCCCCCCCCCGCCCCCCCUGGGCAGCCCGGGCCGUCCCGGGGCGCGCACGCUGGCUGACAUCAAGGCCAAGGCCCAGCUGGCCCGGGCGCAGCGCUCGGCGGCGGCGGUGGCGGCGGCGGCGGCCUCAGGGGCGGGGCCGACGCCCGGGGGGGCGGGGCUUGGAGCCGGAGCGAGUGUUAGCGGUGAGAAAACCCCCAAAGCGCCCCCCCUCAGUCCACCCUCUCCCCAUCCGGCCCCGCGGCCCACCCCGCCCGCCCCCCCCCACGGGACGGCCCUCCCCGGGGAGGUCCCGCCCCCCAGAGAGAGGGGUCCCGCGGCCCCGGGCCCCCACUGCCUCCAGAAGCCCCCCGAGGGGUCCCCACGGGGCAGGAAGGGGGCGGCGGAGCAGCCCGGCCCCUCCAGCGGCGUGGGGCCGCGGGUCAGCUCCUGCACCCCCGCCAACAACCCGCUGGUCACGCAGCUCCUCCAGGGGAAGGAGGUCCCCAUCGAGCAGAUCCUCCCCCGGCCCCACGCCGGGAGCAAGGGCAAGGCGUGGCACCCGGCGGGCCCCCCCCCCCGCCGGGGGGCCGUCCCCGAUCAGCGUCUCCACGGCGACGCCCCCGACCGGGAGACGCAGGAGCAGAUCCUGCAGGCGCUGAUGCAGAGGAAGGCGUCCCAGCGGGGGGGGGCGGUGGGCGGGCAGCCCGGGGACGGCCUGCCGCGGCCCCGCUUCUCCGUGGGCUGCCUCCACAGGAGGACGCCGCGGCCGGCCAUGACGGGGCACUACCUCCUCAACGUGGCCACGUACGGCCGCGGCCCCCAGAGCGGCCCGCGCCGGCCCCCCGCGGCCGGAGCCCCGCUGCGGGGGGCGGCGGACACACCGCAGGACGGGAAGGACGAGGACCUCCCGCCCCCGACGGCCGCCGCUAAGGAGGAGCAGCAGGGAUGCUCCGUCGCCAGGCAACAGGAACCCACCGCCGCCCAGCACCGCGGAACGGCCAAGAGCGAGGCCGGCCGGCGAGGCUGCGGACCGCCGGGCCAGGAGGCCAGCGCCACACCGGCCCCGCCCGAGGCCGGAGUCGCGCCCGAGGCCGGAGCCGCUCCCGAGGCCGGAGCCGCGCCCGAGGCCGGAGCCGCGCCCGAGGCCGGAGUCCCGCCCGGGGCCGGAGCCGCGCCCGAGGCCGGAGCCGCGCCCGAGGCCGGAGCCCCGCUCGAGGCCGGAGCCGCGGCGCGCAGCCCCUGGUCUCGGGCGGACCAGAGGAGCCUCCAGCGCGGCGACGGCCCUCAGGGGAGCCCGGAGCCGCGCCCCACAGCCCCGGACCUCAGCCAGCGGCCGAGCGCCGCCCAGACGCAGCGGAGCCCCGCCCACCGGGACCAGGACGCGGCGCUGGGGUCGCCCUACGGCGGCACCGUCGGCGCGUCCCCCCCCCCGCCGUCGGAGCGGUCGGGCGGCGGGGGGGUCCACGGCAGCGUGAUGUCGUUCUCGGUGACGGUCACCACCAUCCCGCCCGGGGAGCCCUCGACGGAGCAGAGCUUCAUGGAGGGGGGGGGCCUGGAGGAGGUGCAGUCCAGGUGCUACUGCCGCCUCAAGGCCAUGAUCAUGUGCACGGGCUGCGGAGCCUUCUGUCACGACGACUGCAUCGGGCCCUCCAAGCUGUGCGUCUCGUGCCUGGUGGUGCGCUGAGCCCGCAGUCUUCAUCGUCGGCCCCUUCCUCCUCCUCAUCGGUCGAUACGCGUUCCUUCGGUUUGCUUCCAGUCGAGAGUUGGUUGGAGAAACGGAGACGUCCUUUGAAACGGAUCGGGCCCCAGUGAGCGCCCUGGGGCCCCAGUGAGCGCCCUGGGGGCCCAGUGAGCGCCCUGGGGCCCGUAGGAGGCUCGGCGAUGGCCCUGGAGGGCCCGCUGUGUGGCAGAGGCGGCCCGGUGGGGCUGCGGCCGCCCUUUGGUUCAAUCAGCAGAUCUGGGAGGAAUAUGUCACCUGAGUGCAAUCUGGCAAUGUUUGCACUUGGCUAGGGUUAGUGUGGUAUAUAUAUAUUUUUAAAGAGACAUAAGUAUAGUUUUUAAAAGAGAACAAGGAGGGAAAAUAUAAUAUUCUUGUUAUUUUUGUAGAAUACAAUGACGUUAUGUGUGGUAGACAAACACUUUUUAUCGUGCGGCCUGAAUGGAUUGAAAAAAAGGGCAAACAUAAUGGUUCAUAGUAGACGACCAGGCAGGGAAUGAGAACUCUCCCAAUCUGUUUUAGAGAACAGCACUGUACGCCGCGUGCAGUAAAUAUAGCACUCCGAUUUUACAAAAACAGAUAUAUAGCAGCUAUACUUCGAUACUUCCUCAAAUCUAUAACAUCAUUUUUUUCAACGAUACUUUUAACAAAAGGAGAAAUCAAAAACACGCACCCCCAUUACACCCCCAUUACACCCCCAUUACACCCAGCCCCCUUCGCACUUAACCUUAUUUCUUAGAAACAGUUACAGGAAGCAACAGUUCCUCACAAUGCAUUGAGUCGAGAAACACAAUCACAACAGCUGCGCCUUCGAUGUACAGCGCGUCACUCUGAGCUGGGGUCCAGCAGCUGUUCUGGGGGUCCACAGGAGCAAAGACGCCCAGCAGAAGAGCCACUCUGGUUGGUUCUUCAAUUUGUCUCCGAGGUCACAGACAGGCUUGUAAAUAUCGUUCCCCACAAUGCAUCGCUUCUCAUUGCUUCUCAAUUUUUAUUUAUUUUUUUAACGGAGAGAGAGUUCUAGCUGGGAGGGACAGUUUAAACACUCACUGUACGGAGAGAAAAUCAAUGGGUUUAUUGUCUUUUUACUUUUGCACUGUAAAUAUUUGCCGAUUUAUAUUCCUAACGUUGUAAUACUCCUGUAGUACACCUUGCUUCGUAUAUGCCAGGUUUUAUGACUGAAUUUAUGAAUGACUGAGUGCUGUGGAGAAAGAGAGAGAGAGAGGCCGUAUCAUAGAGUGAACGUAACAAGGAAGAGGUACUCAAAGACCCGCUUCAAAUACACUUUAAAGGAAGGCAAUUCAUUUUAGAGGCAUUUUGGUCAAAGCUGCUGAAAUUGUCUACAUCCCAACAAUAAAUCAGUUGUCCCGUUAAAAGAUACAAAAAUCCAAAAAGCUUGUACAAUCAUUUCUUAAUAACACCCAUCAAAUAUUCUGGGCAACACGCCAUUAUUGGCAAAAUAAUUUGUUAUGGAAGCAGGUGUGUGUGUGUGUGUGUGUGUGUUUACGCGUCUUAAUUGAAAAAUAAUAUAUGUUCUAUUUUUCAGUAGUUCGAGGUACGAAGCAGAUGAUUAAACAUAUAUUACUUCCAUGGUAACAUGCCAAAGUCACCUUAAGAAAACACGAUUAGAGCUUGUUUUCAACCUCUCACUAGCUAAACAAAGUUAAUAUAUUUUAAUUAAUAUAUUUGGAUAGAAAAUCUAUUUGCUUUUUUUUUAUUCACAGGGUAUGUACUAUAUAUGAAUAUCAGCUGUUGGUUAUUCCUGGGAUGUCGGUCUUGUGGACAAACCACCAUGAAGAGAGCAACUGUUUUUGCUUUUUCAAAUUGCCCAGGUAUAUAUUAUAUAUCUAUUAGUGCUGUCAAGCGAUUAAAAUAUUUAAUCACGAUUAAUCGCAUUAAUGCCAUAGUUAACUCGCGAUUAAUCGCAAUUCUUUUUUCUAUGCUAAAUAUCCCUUGAUUUUUUUGUCACAUUAAUUGUUCUCAUUUUAAUGCUCUUAUCAACAUGGAGAAGUGCAUCGGCUUGCCUUGUGCAAAUGGUUUUUUAUUGAUAACAACAUUGUCAUAUACUGAUCAAAACAGGACGAUACAAAAAAAAGCCUAUAGUGCGAUUAAAGGAUGAACAUACAAACAUACUGCCUUGAACAUAGCAGUCAGGCUACUGCUUCUUUGUUUUGAGCCAAAGAAAAAAAAACAAAGGUUUGCGCCGUUAAUAACGCGUUUAACUGACAGGCUGACAGCACUAAUAUCUAUAUAUUAUAUAUCUAUGCCGCAGGACCUGUUUUUCUAUAUCAUUUUCUCUGCCAUAGAGAAGUUGUCUGACGUUUGUAUUGAGUGCUCUAUGUUCUGGCUGCAUCAUUGAUACAAUAUGGAGGAAUUACCUUGUAAAAAACAAAUAUAUGUUUAUAUUAAACCCUUUUGAGCCCCUCUUGAGCUGAGCACAUUCAUCAGGUCAAUUUCACUCCAUUUUGAUAUUAAGAGAGACUCUGAGAUCUGUUAAAAUUAUAUUUAGCUAUCUUAUACAAUCCCAUCUCGUUUCAAUAUAUCAAUAGUAGUUCAAUUAAUGUUUGGAACCACAUUGAUAACAAUUAUUAUUUGGACUCCCAAACUGUCUGGGCAUAUAGUUAGCCAAACAUCGUUGGGACUUUUAUUUUGAUAGCAGAUAAUGUACCACGUAUGUGCUCAGUAGUUCAUUGAUCUAUAAAUAAGAGAAAAUAAAUGAGAACAGCAGCAUCUUAAGGCAGCUGAGACCUUCAACUUUGUGGAGCAUAGAAAUUUAAAUUAGACAAUAUGCCGUUGCCUUUCCCUUCAUUGUUUCUUUGUGUGUGUGUGUGUGUGUGUGUGUGUGUGUCUGUGUGUCUGUCUGUCUGUCUGUCUGUCUGUCUGUGUGUCUGUCUGUCUGUCUGUCUGUCUGUGUGGGUGUAAGUGUGUGUAAAACUGGUCAAUUGAAGUUUUGUGGUAAGAAACAUUUUGGCAAAAUUGUUUUUGUAAAAUAUCAUAAGAUUAUAAGUUGAUUUCUGUCCAUAAUCAUUUCUGCUGUUGAUGGACUGUUUUAAAGUUUCAAUUUAAAACACAGGUGAAUGUAAUAUAGUAAUCAGCACUUGUAAACAAAGUGUAUUUUAUCAAAAUAUAUAGACUUUUAUGAAUAAAUAACACAAACACCA